AUGAACCGUGCUGCGGAAACCCCUGUACCUACCAAUGGCUUCGCGCCACGUGCCAUCAUCAAGCGCACCAUUAUCAAGCGCACCAUCAUCAAGCGUAACAUCGUCAAGCGUACCAUCAUCAAGCGUACCAUCGUCAAAAGUGCCGUCGUCAAGAGUGCCAUCGCCAAAACUGCCAUCGUCAAAUGCAGCGGUCAAACCAGUACCGCAGUCGAGAGCCUACUGGCUUAUAUGCCAGUGACAAACCUCCAAGCGCUUCAUAUACAAGGCAAGGAACGUCAAAGCUACAUUGCAACUAGCCCAAGUCUUACGUCGAUACCAACAGAAUCUCUAUUAAACGCUACAUCCGAGAUUACGGUCUUGCCAUUUGUUCUCAACAAUCUCGAGCAAAAUCUCAUCCUACGGUAUCUGCGCUCAAGGUGCCAUUCAUGGAAUCGUCUUCACACGGAAGGUUAUAUCCUAGGUUCUGGCUAUAUCUCUGAAAACAUAAACAACAACAAACGUGCACACAAGACAUCCAUCCGAUUGCGUGACUUUCGGGACAUUCCUCGUACGAUACUAUCAGUAGCGGGCAAAGUUAGCGCUAUCGCCAUCGACUGCGAGAUGGUAGGCGUUAGAGGCGGUCGACAAACACUCGCCUUUCUCACCGCCAUCAACUUUUUGACGGGUGAAGUGCUCAUAAAUCGCUAUGUCAGUCCAAUCGAAGACGUGAUCGACUGGAGGUCCAAGUUCAGUGGCGUCACACCGACGAUCAUGGCCAGCGCAGUUGCCUCUGGUGCAGCAUUUGGAAGCUGGCGAGAAGCGCGUGAUAAAUUGUGGGAAUUCAUGGACGAAUCAACUGUGUUGGUUGGUCAAUCUCUCAAUUAUGAUCUUGAAGUACUAGGCAUGACCCAUGCGAAAGUGGUUGAUUCUGCCAUCUUGACCUCAGAGGCUGUCUUCCCCUCCGUUACAUCUACGACGCCACUACCCCGUCAAUGGGGAUUAAAAAGACUUGCGAAGGACCUUUUGAGUUUGGAUAUACAGAAUAGCAACUGUGGUCAUAGUGCUUUAGAAGACACAUAUGCAGCACGAGACGUCGUCAUCUGGUGUAUUAUGAACCCGGAGGAACUGAAAAUAUGGGCAGAAAAUGCUGGGCGCCAGGAGGAAGAGCGCAAGUUGGCACAAAAACGACAAAAAAAAGGCAAGAAAGGUGCUAAGGGUAAGUCACCAGCAAAUCAGGGCACUCGAUAUUGGGAAACCAAUUCUAGCCGUGAAGAUUACACCGAGUAUCUUCAAUGGUCAGAUUUGGCGGAGGACCUUGGAUGGCCUGAAGGUUAUGAUCCUUGGUCCGAUUGA